AUGUCUUUGACAGGUACCCUCGAAGAGCGCAAGCUGCGUCUGCAACAUUUUGCUGAGCUCUACUUUGAAGAGGCAACGUCAGCUGAGCAAAACAACACCCAACAGUCGAUCGCUUUACAAUGCGCACAGCUGGCUCGCAUAGAAGCUGGCUUAGGUAUUAACAAAUCUACUCGUGCUAAACGACAAAUUCACAAUCUAAACACGCUUUGGUCCGAAAACCAUGUUUAUUACUAUUUUGCGACUGGUGUAGAAGAACACAGAAAAACUUCCAUCAGAAAUACCCUACAGUACAUCAGAGAUCACACUUGCAUAGACUUCACAGAGAGUGACACAGCAGUAAAUAGGAUUCGUGUCUUCAGAGGAAGUGGCUGCUACUCGUACAUAGGGAUGGUUGGCGGAGUU